AUGCCCACCGACAUCCACCCCCUCCCUGACGACAUCACUGCUUAUUUCGUUUACCCCUUCACGCUUGAACAACACGUCGUCAGCCUCACCCCGCCCCCACACAUUGCCAUUGCUGAGCGGCGCGCACGACUUGCCGCCAUCCUUCACGCACGCGAGGUCGAGGAGGAGCAGCGCGAAAAGGCCGCUCUGCACAGACUGGCUCCAGGAUACAAUCCCGCAAGCGUCCUCACUCCCACACAUGCAGGUGGGGCCGAGAACGGUGUGGGUGGCGUAGAGGCCCCAGGGUCGCCAAAGCCCGCAGACCCGAUGGACGACCUCGUCGCCCAGCUGGAAGAGAUGGAGAGCAGCAGACACUAG